ACGGCAUUUCCCAACACAUUCCGCCACCUCUGCAAAAUAUACCGAACCCUUUGAAACACUGCCAGCCAAUGCGGAAUUUACCAGCACUGCAAGCUGCAUUAAAAAUAUUAAGUUACAAAUUGCAACAAAAUGAGCUCUAACCACCGUCCCCUGGACGACUCGGAUAUCCUGCUGAUACAAACCAUCCGCGAGACGCCAUCGCUGUACGACCCCCAGUUGCCCUCCUUCCGACUGUCGCAACGCAAAGAGGAGGACUGGGCCAGAGUGGCGGAUGUGCUCAACAUAUCGACGAUGGACGCGCGACGUCGUUGGACUUGCCUUCGGGAUCGCUACUCCCGGGAGCUCAAGCAGAAGCGUCUGCAUCCAUCUGGAGAGUUCGGCCACAACGACUUCUUUCGGAAGAUGGACUUCCUGCGAGACUUUGUGCGCAAGCGACGGGAACGAAGAGGUCGCGACCGGGAUAGGGAUCAAAAGCCAGCCGGGUGGCUCAAAGUAGACAUGCGGCGGCGUCGCAUCCGCCUGCCCCUGGAUACAGACGCCCUUAUUGAGGAGCACAGCUCCCAGGUUUACGAAGAGGGCGAGGAGCAGCAGCAAUAUGACGCCAAGCUGGAGGGGCAGACCACGCAGUCGGAGACGUAUUCGGUGCUCGUAGAGGCGGAUGAUGGCCAUGAGCCGGAUCAGGAGAGCUUCGAAGAGUUUAUCGGCGAGUCGGAGUGCGAUCAGAAGGUCAAAAUGGUUACUAUCCAUCCGGAGGCUGCCACUGCGAAGGCAAUCUCUGCGCCGCCGUGUGAACCAGUAGAGCCAAGCCAGGCGGACAUUAACUAUGUCGUCUGUAUGCCCAACGCAAGCCAUGAGCGAGAGCACUCCGCCCCCGAUUCAGUAAAUACACCUGCCGUCCUCCCUCCAAGCAACUCGGAAACGGAGGAUGACUUCUUCUGCAAGUCGAUCGCCGCUUACCUGCGGCAACUGUCGCGAGUGCACAAGAUCAAGGCCAAGGUGGAGAUGUACCAGAUACUGGAAAAGUACAUACUGCUCGAGGAGAGUGGAACGGGGUCACAUACGGGUGGGUCGGGCUAAGCAGGAUACAUAGCUACUUAUGUACAUAGAUUUUAACAUAGUUUUUUAAUGCAGUACAAAUAUACAAAGUGACGAAAAUCA